GGGACUUCCCACUGCCUCUUGAGCACAAAUCAAACUUGAGCGAAAACAACUCUUUUUCCAUGGGAUCAGUUAUAAAAAGAAUGGCUUUGCAAUGAGCAGCUUAGUCUCCUGGUCUCAUCUGUGAAAGGCCUGUGAAAAUUUCCGGAAAGAGCACUGGCUGGCUUGUUCAUCUCUCUGGUCAAUUGCUGGGUUUCUGCCGGAUCGAAUGAGCAGAUUGGUUAGUGAAGGUCAGUGUGAAAAGAUUGUUUUUGAGCUUGAGAAGCUUCUGGAGGAUUGAAGAGUGUUUGAAGUCUGUGUCAAACAUCCGUAUCCUAAGGGGAAUUUUGGAGAUAUUGAAAGAAUGCUGUCAGAAGGGUAUCUCAGUGGACUUGAGUACUGGAAUGACAUCCACUGGAGUUGUGCCUCUUAUAAUGAGCAGGUGGCUGAGGAAAAGGAAGAGGAAUCAAAUGCUGUUGCUACUGUUUCCUAUUCCUCUGUGGAUGAAACACAAGUCAGAAGUCUCUACGUGAGCUGCAAAUCAUCUGGCAAGUUUAUCUCUUCAGUGCAUUCAAGAGAGAGCCAACAUAGCAGAAGUCAGAGAGUCACAGUGCUGCAGACAAACCCCAAUCCUGUGUUUGAAAGCCCAAACUUGGCUGCAGUAGAAAUAUGUAGAGAUGCCAGCAGAGAGACCUACUUGGUUCCAUCUUCUUGCAAAAGUAUUUGCAAGAAUUACAAUGACUUACAUAUUGCAGGGGGCCAAGUGAUGGCCAUUAAUUCAGUGACAACAGAUUUUCCCUCUGAGAGCAGUUUCGAAUAUGGCCCUUUGCUGAAGUCCUCUGAGAUUCUUUUACCCAUGGAGGAUUCCAUUUCUACGCAGCCCAGUGACUUUCCCCAAAAACCUAUCCAGCGGUACUCAUCCUACUGGAGAAUAACAAGCAUCAAAGAGAAAAGCAGCUUGCAAAUGCAGAAGCCUAUGUCUAAUGCAGUGCUGAAUGAGUACCUGGAGGAGAAGGUUGAGGAGUUAUAUAAACAAUACAUUAUGGACACCGUGUUUCAUGACAGUUCUCCUACCCAGAUUCUGGCGUCUGAACUCAUCAUGACAAGUGUAGACCAAAUCAGUCUUCAAGUGUCUAGAGAGAAGAAUCUGGAGACCUCAAAAGCCAGAGAUAUAGUGUUUGGCCGUCUAUUGCAAAUGAUGUCAACUGAAAUCAGCACUCCUAGUCUCCGUAUUUCUCAGUAUAGCAAUGUAAAUCCAUAGAGAGGAUGCUUCCAUUACUGUGUCUCAUUUACUUAAACAGGAAGCAACACUUUACUCAUUUAUUCUGAGGAUGUGCAGGAGAGAGUGAUGAAGGGGAGUUAAGGGCUAGAGAAGUAAAGGUCAGCUGGAAGUCAUGUGUGAAUCACGGGGGAAUCUCAUAAUAUUACACUUGAUAAAGGAAUACGGUAAGAGGAGCCAUAAGGAAUGAUUUCAAAGAGAGGUGUGUACAGCAAGGAAGCAAAAAUAAAAAUGGUCAAGAAAGAAAAGGUGAGUUCAUUUGAAGAAACAUAGGAAUUGAAAAAGAAGACAGCCAAAUGAGAUGAAACCAAAAAGCCAAAAGGUUUCAGGGUAAAGAGCUAAGAACACGUUUGUUACCCAAGUAAAUUCCUCCACCUUGUUUCUUCUUGAGGGAAAUGGACUGUAGAAAG